UGUGCGCGCUGUUUGUCCCUUUUCUCUUCCUGUACACCAACACGUCAGAUACACUGAGAAGGUGCCAGCAUGGCGUUCACUCUGUACUCCCUUAUUCAAACCGCGAUUUUGUGUGUCAAUGCCGUUGCAGUUUUGCACGAAGAACGGUUUCUCAGUAAAAUCGGAUGGGGUGCGGAUCAAGGGAUUGGAGGCUUCGGCGACGAACCAGGAAUAAAAGCUCAGCUGAUGAACCUCAUCCGCUCUGUGAGAACAGUAAUGAGAGUCCCCUUGAUAAUAGUGAAUUCAAUCUGCAUCGUGCUCCUGCUCCUGUUUGGGUAGGACACGCGUCCGAAGAUGCUGGACACGAAAAUGGACUGACAGUGCAGGAAUGAAGACCAUAAAACUAAAAGCAGACUGUUUUUCAUCAUUGUCAUUAUCGCGGGUGCAUCCUUGUGGUUGGCAUUAAUACCUGGUGUUUGACCAGAACCACCCCCCCCCUUCCCAGGAGAUCUCAGAUGUCACUUUAAUUUGUUUUUUUUAUAUAUGUAUCUUUGGACUAAAGUGAGAAAUUUUGUUUCUGUUCAUAGAGACAAUGAAUAUUCAUAAAAGAUUGUUAAAGUGAA